UACCUGGCUGGAGCAUCCGGGGGUACACAGCUGGAGCAUCCAGGGGUACCCAGGCAGAGCAUCCGGGGUUACCCAGGCGGAGCAUCCAAGGGUACGUGGGUGGAGCAUCCAGGGGUACGCGGCCGGAGCAUCCGGGGGUACCUGGCCAGAGCAUCCCUCCCCGGGAUGCAACAUGCCAAGCUUUGCUUCCGCGGUCACCGGCGUUUGGAUGCUGAAUCAAGUCUUUAAAUUGAAAAUUUGGUUUAAACCUUUGCUGAGUCCCAGGAUUGUGCAGGCGCUGUGGGCACAGCACGAGUUUGUAUUUCCCACCAGCGAUGCCCAACGCUUCCCGAGGCUCCCGGUGGCACCACUCCCUUCCCACCGAGCGGCACCUUUUACUCUUUCCUCUUCAAUCCCAGUUUUGAGGGGUUGGGGCCUUUUCACCCGUUUUUUGCUUUGAAGCUGCCUGGGGGGGGGAUGGGUCCGCUCAGCUCCUGCCACACGUGUCACCCCCCCUCCCUCCCCCUGACACCCGGCAUUGCUGCCCAGUGGGCAUCACGGCAGAGCUGGGUUUGGGGCAAAAAAAGGGUUUAAUGCAAAGCUGGAUUUGAACGAAAAACUGGGUUUAAUGCAGGGCUGGAUUUAAAGCAAAAAUCAUGUUUAAAGCAAAAAUCAUGUUUAAUGCAAAGCUGGGUUUGAAGCAAAACUCACGUUUAAAGCAGAGCUGGGUUUAAAGCAAAAACUGUUUAAAGCAAAGCUGGGUUUGAAAGAAAACUGAGUUUAAAGCAAAAAUCAUGUUUAAAGCAAACCCGUGUUUAAUGCAAAGCUGGGUUUGAAGCAAAACCCGUGUUUAAACUGGGUUUGAAGCAAAAACUGUUUAAUGCAAAGCUGGGCUUGAAGCAAAACCCAUGUUUAAAGCAAAAAUCAUGUUUAAAGCAAAGCUGGGUUUGAAGCAAGACUGUUUAAUGCAAAGCUGGGUUUAAAGCAAAAUCAUGUUUAAUGCAAAAGUGGGUUUAAAGCAAAAACCGGGUUUAAAGCAAACCCAUGUUUAAUGCAAAGCUGUGUUAAUGCAAAGCCGGGUUUAAUGAGCUGGCAGCUCGUGCCAGUUGCUGUGUGGACAGGGCCAGCGAUUCGGGGUGCCGGUGGGUGGGGAGGGGUCCCCCCUCUGUCCCUGCCGCUGGGAAGGGGGGAAACUGUUUUCCCAACAUCCCACCUCUCCACGAGCGUUCGCACUCCAGUCUCGCUGCAAAGCCAACCCCACUGCGGUCGGGGAGGUUUUGAGUCCUGGGGGCACCGGGGGGCCACCGGGGCAGGGCCAGACCCCCCGAAAUUCAUCCUGGUGCCAAAAUCUGGGAGGUCACGUCGGGGUUAGCAUCCCCCAGCCUGGUGAGAUGCAUCCUGGCGGCGCGGCACGGCUCCCAGCUCCGCGGUGCUGGCCCACUGCCAUGCUCCCGCGGGUCAUUUCCCACAUUUAUUUUUUAAAAUUUUUUUUUCUUUCUUUUUUUUUUUUUUCCUCCUGACAUCUAGCGGCACCACGUCCCCGCUGAGGCGCUGAGGUCACUCGUGCCGGAGCCAUUGCAGAGCGCGGUUUUUUGGGGGGUUCCCAGGGUUGCCCACCCCCCUCGGGCUGCUUUUUUCCAGGGAAAACGAGGAAACGUGACAGCAACGGCGGCAUCAACGGCAGCGGCGGCAUCACCCUCGGAUGCUGCCGGGAGCAUCCACGCAGAUUCACGGGCAGUUGGAAGCUCUGGAAGUUUGAGUGACCUGCAACCUCCCCAUCAGCCCCAAUAAAAUCUCCGCUUUAAUUAGCGCCACAGCUCUGCUUUAAUUAGCUGGCGGCUGCACCCUUCGGGGGGUUGCGGGGGAAUUUAUCACUUUGAUUCUUUUUUUUUUUUUUUUUUGGUAGUUCGGAAGGAGCCCAGAGCUUCGCCUGCAGGAAGCCGAUGCGAUGGAGGCUCAGCACCCUCGGAGCGCAGGUGAGCGCAGCACUGUGACCCUCGGCGAGCCCUCGCCUGUGGCCACCGUGUGCCCCGGCUGGGCUCAAACCAGGCUCAGAGCCGGCUCAGCACCAGCCUCACCUUCUCCACUCUCCCUGUUUGCUGAAGAGGAGCUGACAACCCCCGCCCUGAAGAAGGCUCACACCCCACCGCUCCACGAGGACGCCAACACAGCACUCAUCGCAGUUGUCAUCACGCUGGUGUUCCUCACCCUGCUGACGGUGCUGGUGGUGAUCAUCGUCUACCUGUACAGAAACAAAGGCAGCUACCUCACCUACGAGCAGCCGGUGGCGGAGCCCGACGUGGCGCUGCCGAUGGAGGAUGCUCCAGCCAAGGAGAAAGAAGAAUAUUUCAUCUGAGCCGCCGGCUCCAGCACCCACCUCUCAGGUCCCAGUCGCUCAAUUCCUUGGAGUUGGGGAUCUACAAGCUGCUUUUUCCCCCCAUUUUGUUUUUUUUUCCUUAAUUUAUUAAGCCAACCAUAAAAGGAAAAAUCAACAGGUGUGUGUCGGAGCUUUGCGGAGCCGGGGCAAGGAGUGCGGCAGAGCCAGCACAGCCACGCUCUGGCUGCCCCCAUCCCCCACCUCCUCCCUUCGGUGCUUCCUAAUACAGACCCGUGACCAAA